AUGCGUUCUAUCAUCCUCGGAACGUCUAUCUCGCUCCUUUACGCGGUCAGCGUGGCUGCUGUUCCUCACUCUAGCCGUGUCAAGACUUCCUCUGCGCAACCAUCUGCCACUCCUGCCUUUACUAUAAAGAACCUGGGCGUAACGGUAGACACGACCUCAUCGCCUUGGAAGGAUGCCCAGUGCACUACUAACAUCACCGACGCGACUCUGGAUCCCACUGCUCGUUGGGAUGCAGCCAAUGCCGACGAUGCCCUGAACGAUGCAUUGAGUGCCUGGUCUACUUCCGGUGCUGCCAGUGGCUUGGGAUUCCCUGAGUUCAUUAGCAACUACUUCACUGGUCCUGACAACUGGAACUGUGGAGAUAUCGGCAACACUCCUUGCUCCACGGUUAUGACCUGUAACCAGGCCGACUAUCCUGCCGGAUACCUAAUUAUGAAUUCUUUCUCCUCGAUCCACCAGCUUCAUCAACAAACCUAUGAUGCUCUCGGAGAUGCCCUUAACACAAUGCAGAAUGACAUUGGUAGCUUUGCGAGCAUUUUUGCCCCUCAGGCCAAAGACGACUCUGAAAUAGUCAAGUACAUUAUCGAUGCAGUAAUUUUGGUGGCUACCAUUGGGAGCUCCUUUGCAUGGAACAUUGCGUUCAAGGGCCUUGCUAUGGCCGCAUCGAAGUAUUUCUCUAUGGGCAAGGACGUCACCAACGCAGCCCUUAUUUCCUUUGCCAGCGCGAUCGGUAAAGACUCCAUGAAAUCCGCUAAAGAUGCAUUGAGCACCCAGAAUAGCGUUUCCGCUGCUCUCGGUGUCUACUUCUCGGCCUGGACUGGUUUGGAGAGCGGAUAUAUGACUUCUCUCUUUGGUGGAGCGAGUGACAAUACUUCAAUCGAUGCUCUGAAGACUCUGGCUUCCAACGGCUCAAUGCUUCUCCUUUCUUCCAAAGUGAACUUGAGUGGACUGACUGCUCAGGCGGAAAAGAUCCUUUACGGACAGUUGAUUCCAGCGGCUUGGGCAAUCUCCCCUGAAACCACCUACCCCCGGAUCCUGCGGAAGGCCGGAGCUUGUUCAACGUCGAUUGACGCAGAUGUUUCCCUGUACAUGUCUGAGAGCACUCUAGUCGGCGGAUAUGUCUGCUACAAUAACGAUGCUUUCUAUGUCGUGAGCAUCAAUACCUCUCCUGGCAUGCAACCUUUCGAAGCCCUCCCUGGAGGAAAUCAUCAAACCCUCAAUGGCGAUAACUGGGGCGGUGUCAUUCUGGAAGAUAUAGUCCAGAGUUCGUACCAGGCAUACCAGCUGAAUGGCAACGCAAAUGGCUACGAAAUGCCAGCUCUGUCGAAGAUUAUUGAUGGAUCCGGUACAGAGGGUGAUGUGGUUUUCGAGAAUGGAAUCCGCACCCCGGGAUUCUUCACCCUGCCAAUCUGCGAUGAUAUCCCUACAGCAGCCGACACUGUUAGUGCGGGUGGCGCAAAGGGGAAAUACUGGCCCUGUGAUGCACCAGCAGGAUACAAUGCUGCUGGAACUAAUGUGCACGUCAACAACGGAUGCAUUAAUGUGGAUGGGGAGAGCCUUUGCAAGUCUCAGACUAAGUACACCAACAUUGCAGACCAAAGUACUGGCGACAUUACGGCGACCAUCUACGCACAGUUCAAUGGAGAAGACAAGACCGACUACAAAGUUACUCCUGGCUGCAAGCUGCAAGCAACCUGGCCCCGCUCCUACGGUGAUGUCUACUUCGGAGCAAACAACUGCCUGUAUGAUUCAACUGGCACGAACAUCAACGGUCAGUGUUGCACCGAAGCGACCACAGACUCUAUUCUCAAUCCGUACUAUGGAUAUUAG